AUUGAACGCAAACAUUAAAUUUAUCUUUAUGUAAUGGUUUUAGUUGGUGUUUACUAUUUACUACCUAGUAAAUAUGGCACCCGUGGAAGUAAAUGUAUGCUCCAACGAAAUUGAAGUUAUAUCUUCGCUUUCAAAAUUAAUUGAGAGCAAAGCUAAUGAGACUUUGCAAAAAAAUAACUGCUUUCGAGUUGGUUUAUCUGGUGGAAGUCUCAUUAAAUUCUUGUGUAAAGGUUUGCCAUCAGUCAAUACUAAUUGGCAGAAAUGGCAAUUCUUCUUUUGUGAUGAAAGACUCGUUCCUUUUGAUGAUAAAGAAAGCACUUUUGGGUGCUAUAAACGGGAUUUAAUGCCUCUGAUUCCAAUUACUGAGAGUCAAUUUAUCACUAUUGAUCCAAGUUUAAAGGGAGAAGAUUCAGCUCAAGACUAUACACGCAAAAUUGAACAAGAAUUCAGAAUCUCAUCAUCUUUUCCUAAAUUUGACUUAUUGCUUUUGGGUAUUGGCCCAGAUGGUCACACUUGCUCACUUUUUCCCAAUCAUCCACUUUUAAAGGAAGAAAAGAAAUGGGUUGCAUCCAUAGAUGACUCUCCUAAACCCCCUCCUAGCCGCAUAACUUUGACCUUGCCAGUUUUGAAUAAUUCCAAGUGUGCUGUUUUUGCUACUAUUGGAGAAUCUAAGGCUGAAAUACUUAAAGAAAUCCUGGAAGGUAACAGUGUACAACCCCUUCCAGCAGCAUUGGUACGUCCCACUCAAGGAGAACUUCAUUGGAUUGUAGAUAGAGAAGCUGCAAAACUUCUUCUGUAACUGCGCAUUUACUUAAAAUUUUUUCCCCUUAAACGAAACAAAUAUUCGAUGACUUUGGAAUCAUGCCUUAAAUGUUGUGAUAUUGGUUAUUCUUAAAAUUUUAUAUUAAUAUUUCUAGAUUAUAUAUUUUUAUUUUGAUAUAAUGUUGAGUUUCUUUUAGAAUAAAAUCAUGUUACAUUGUU